CCGCGGUGGCAUCUCCCCAAUCCCCAUUCCACAGCAGAGGAAGAAGAUACAGCUGAGAGAGAGACAAGGAUCCAAGAAGAGCAGAGGAGCCGGCGGCGAUGGCGUGGCGGUCGAGCCUGUCCCGGAGCGUGAAGGAGAUCCGCUUCCUCUUCUGCCAGUCUUCCCCGGCCAGCGGCCCCGCCCGGGAGUUCGUCAAGAAGAACUACGGGGACAUCAAGACCCACAACCCCGCUCUCCCCAUCCUCAUCCGCGAGUGCUCCGGCGUCCAGCCUCAGCUCUGGGCGCGUUACGAUAUGGGUGUGGAGAGGUGUGUGCACUUGGAUGGCUUGACGGAAGCGCAGAUUGACAAGAAGUUGGAGGAGCUGGCCAAGCAGGGAGCGCAUAAGGCUAAAUAGGCUAGCCAAGUUUUCUUGUGUUGAAUCUUCCCAAAUAAGAGAAAUGAUAACAUGAGAUAUUGUGUUGACCUGAUUUCAGUACCAUGAUUGUACACAAGUCUUGAAUUUGUACAACUGAUUCCCGAGAAUGUAACUGUUUUUCCUCCCA